UCCGGCUGCGGUUACGUCACUUCCCGUUCCCCUCAGGCUCGCCAUUUGGCAGGUGGGUCUCACGCGGGUUCAACAUGCGGAUUGAGAAGUGUUAUUUCUGUUCCGGUCCUAUCUACCCCGGCCACGGCAUGAUGUUCGUCCGCAACGACUGCAAGGUGUUCAGAUUCUGUAAAUCCAAAUGUCAUAAAAACUUUAAAAAGAAGCGUAACCCUCGCAAGGUCAGGUGGACCAAAGCCUUCCGGAAAGCAGCUGGUAAAGAGCUCACUGUGGAUAACUCAUUUGAAUUUGAAAAGCGCAGAAAUGAACCUGUGAAAUACCAGCGAGAGCUAUGGAAUAAAACUAUUGAUGCAAUGAAGAGAGUUGAAGAGAUCAAGCAGAAACGCCAAGCUAAAUUCAUCAUGAACAGAUUGAAGAAAAAUAAAGAGCUACAGAAAGUUCAGGACAUCAAAGAGGUCAAGCAAAACAUCCAUCUCAUCCGGGCCCCUCUUGCAGGUAAAGGAAAGCAGCUGGAGGAAAAAAUGGUGCAGCAGUUACAGGAGGAUGUGGACAUGGAGGAUGCUUCCUAAGCUCACUGCCUGUAACCACCUCUGUGUACACUGGAAAUCUCUAGAGACUCACAAUCCCUAAGUUACUGAUUUGUUACAUAAGGUUGUUCAGGGGAAGGUAAUUAAAAGCUUCUCUCUGACA